UUUAAAUCCAUAUCUUAUGAUUUAGGAGUCUACAUGAAUGAAGAUGUUGUGCGAUGGUUGGUUUGUGGAGCCGGGGCAGGUUUAGCUGUCGACCUAGGACUUUACCCACUGGAUACAAUGAAGACACGCUUGCAAAGCAAGCAAGGUUUCGUCGCAGCAGGAGGUUUCAGAAAUCUAUAUAGGCAUGAUGGUAUGGGACCCGUUGCUGUAGGGUCGGCACCUGGAGCUGCUUUAUUCUUUUUAAAUUAUAGACUACUAAAUCGUCUGUUUUCGGAAGAAAGUGCUUUUUGCCAUGCGAUGUCAGCUAGCUUCGCAGAAGCUGUUGCAUGUCUUGUACGUGUUCCAACUGAGCUCGUGAAACAACGCCUACAAGCGUCGAUUCAUGAGCGGAGUCUAUGUCAAGUAUGCCGAGAAAUAUACAGGUCGGGUCGUGUGUUCGGGUUUUAUAGAGGAUAUCUGAGUACUAUUGCAAGGGAGAUACCUUUUUCUGUCAUUGAGUUCCCACUUUGGGAGUUUCUCAAGACGACUGCUGCCUCUAAGAAGGGAACCGAUUGCUCUCCGUUGGAGGGUGCUGCCUGUGGAAGUGUUGCAGGAUCCUGUGCUGCUGCAGCAACUACACCCUUCGAUGUGGCGAAAACUAGGAUAAUGCUUUCGAACUGCAAGAAAACACCCACCAUAUGGUGCACACUGAAAGAAGUGUAUUCACACGCUGGCUUUCUGGCGCUUUUUUCCGGUAUUACACCAAGAGUGUUAUGGAUGGCAGCGGGUGGUUUCAUCUUCUUUGGUGCUUAUGAAACUGUUCUUGUACUUUCAUACUGGGCAUAUCCUCCUUAUAAGUAG